CUAGCAUUUUAUUUUACAUUCUGUUUUGAGUCCAAGUGAUGUGGGCAUAAAUAAUUUUAAAUUUUAUUCAAUUGUUCUUAAUUUGAAAUAAAUAAUAUUUCAAAAUGUUUAUGACCGAUAUUAAUAAUAUUAAAAUAUACAAUUUAAGUGCAGGGAAAUCAGUUCCGGAAUGGCUCACCGAUCAGAAAAAGAAAUCCCAAUUAAAAAAUAAAUUAGAUUCCAGACGACAAAUAGAAUUAAUACAAGAUUUUAAUAUGCCUGCUGUUUCUACAUCUAUAAGAAUGACUCCAGAUAAUGAAUAUAUUGUAGCAUGUGGAACAUACAAACCUAGGGUUAAAUGCUACGAAGUAUGUAACUUGUCAAUAAAGUUUGAAAGAUGCUUUGACUCUGAAGUUGCAUGUUUGGAAGUCUUAAGCGAAGAUUACAGCAAAAUGGUAUUUCUGCAAUGUGAUCGAUAUAUCGAACUCCAUACCUCACAAGGUAGACAUUUUCGUUUGAGAAUACCAAAAUUUGGAAGAGAUAUGAAAUAUCAUAAGGAGACUGCAGAUUUAUUGAUUGGAGCCAAUUCAAGUGAUAUUUACCGUUUAAAUUUAGAACGGGGUCAGUUCUUGCAAUCAUACGAGUCAGAGGGUAGUUGUGUAAAUGCUUUAGCAAUUAAUAAUGAACAUGGUUUGAUAUGUUCGGGUACAGAAGAAGGAACUGUGGAAGCAUGGGAUUACAGAGAUCGGAAAAAAGUUGCAACUUUAGAUGUUGCGGUGAAUCUUUUGAAUACUAAGGAAUUCCCAUCUAUUUCAGCAUUGCAUUUUAAAAAUGCUCUUACUUUAGGAGUCGGAACUAAAUCUGGUCAUGUACUUCUCUUUGAUAUACGUUCUAAAACGCCAAAGUUAAUUAAAGACCAACUAAAUAAACUACCAGUUAAAAGAAUUGAUUUCAAUGCGAAUACGGGCAACGUUUAUUCAUUAGAUUCGGCUAUGCUGAAAAUUUGGGAUGAAAAUAACGGCAAACAAUUAACUUACAUUGAAUCUACUUCACAUUUUAAUGAUUUUUGUACAAUACCUGGGACUGGAUUAUUUUUCUUAGCUCAAGAAGAUGUUAAAAUGCUUACAUAUUAUAUACCGGCAAUGGGACCAGCACCAAAAUGGUGUUCAUUUUUAGAUAAUGUUGCUGAAGAAAUUGAAUCAGAAGUUGUUGAACAUAUUUACGAUGACUACAGAUUCGUUACGACAAAGGAAUUAGAGGAAUUAGGCUUAGAUAAUUUAAUUGGAACAAAUUUAUUACGUGCUUAUAUGCAUGGAUAUUUUAUUGAUUAUAGAUUAUAUCAAAAAGCCAGAAGUAUCGUUGAACCUACGUCUUAUGAAAAUUACAAAGCUAAUAAAGUUCGUAAAGAACUCGAAGCCCAAAGGCCUUCUCGUUUACAAUUAGCGAACUUACCUAAAAUUAAUCAAGAAUUAGCAUUGAAAAUAAUUGAAGAUAGAAUGAAUGCUAAUGGAAAAGAGAAAAAAAUGCCAUCAUUAUUGGAAGAUAAUCGAUUUAAACAAUUAUUUGAAAGUAGUGAUUUUAAAAUCGAUUAUAAUGCUCCAGAAUAUAAAAUGUUGGCACCAGCAUUGAAUCGUUUAAAGAAAUCUAAAUUAAAAGAAAUUAAACAAAGAAUUGAAUCUGCAAGGGUCUUAGAAUUACAAGCUGAAGAAGAAGAACGAAAAGAACGUGAAUCAGAUAACGAUGAUGAUCUGUUUGGAGAUAGUAAUGCUCAAAGAAGUAGCGAAGAAGAAGAAAGUUCUGAUGAAGAUAUUAAAGAGUACAGUAAAGAAAUGAGACAGGCUUAUAAAGAAAUUAAAAAAGAUCAGGCAAGAAAAGCAGAUGAAGAAGAAGAAAAUGAUAUUGAUAAUAAUAAUGAAAUGGAAGACGGUGAUCAAAUAAAGUCAUUAUCAAAAAUGGUUGCAUUGCAUACAGAAGCCGAUUUUAAGGUCGAUGCCCAUAAAAAGAAGAUAAGUAAAAUUAGUUUUGAAAAAUUACUUCAAAAACAAUCAAAUAAAUUAGAUGAUGAUGUUUCCAAUGGACGAUUUGGUAAUAAACAAUUAACAUUCAGUACCAAAAAAGUAACUAAGGAAAUGAAAAAACGUGAAUAUGAAUUGAAGAAACAUAGAGAUGAAAGAAAACGUAUUGUGAGACCAACCAAUAAAUUAAAAUUAAAGAAAAUUAAUUUUAAAUAAAACAUACAUAUUUUAUAAAACUAGAUUAUUUUAAAUUAUAAAUGUAGUUCAAAAUUAUGCAUAAUUAAUUAUUGUUUAAAAAAGUGAUUAAGAAAAAUUUAAAUUGUAGAUUUAAAAGAUUUAAUUUAAAAAAAAAUUUAUAAUUGAAUAAAUUUUUAAAUUAAAUUCAAAAAUUGAAAUUUUAUAAUUUAAUUUUAUUUUUCAUGUUUUUAAGUUCAAACCAAUUGAAAAUGUAAUUGAAAUUGAAUUUUGUUAACCUAAGGGAAAUGCAAUUUCAGUUCUGAUAAGGCCAAAAAAUAUUUUUUAUAGUUAUUGUUUUUCUUUUUUAAACUUUUAGACUGGAAAAAAUUAUUGAAGAUUUAAAAUUUUCUAAUGAAUUUUUAGUUUUGUAAGUGUUUGUUCGCAAGACUUCAGAAACUAAGUGUUAAUAUAAUAAUAAUAACUACAUAAUAA